AUGAUUAUUGUGACUGAGGCGGUUAAAGGGAAUUCUGGGAAGGGAGUUCCGAUGUUUUCAAGGAGUGGGAAGCAAACUAUUAAUCAGUUCCUGUCCUUUGCAGCAAAGAAGAAAAGAGUUAUAGAAGAGCCCGUUGAUGAAAUGGAGAUGAUCAGUGGGAUAGACCAAGAGUUCAGAGAAAUCAUCGCUAGAGAGGAAGAAAUCAAGAAGCAAAAGGAGACCGAAGCUAUUCAGCAAAGGAAUAAGAUGAAGAGUAAUUCUCCAACUAAGAUGGACAAGUCUCAAGGGUCAUAUAGUUUUAAAGUGACUAGCAGAGUCCGCCAUGAGGAGGCUUUCAAAAAUAGAACAAAUCCGCCUGAUUUAGGGAAAUAUAACAUUAACUUUGCUGAUUCACAUCAGAGAGCAGUUAAAAUGUUAAAUGAGUCUGAAGCUAACACAAGGCCUCGCAAAAGAGACCAUGAAAAACUCAACCAAAUUGAUCAUUUAUGUGAUAGACUACUAAGAUCCACCCAGCAUAGGGAUAACAGAGUUGAAGUUAUCAACUCUCUAUACAGGAAAAAGCAAGAUCACUAUAGGUUUAAUGAAGCUACUAUGAAAAGCCAGAUUUCCCAGUUGAUUGAUGACUCACCUAAAGCAAGAAUUAAUAGACUUGAGAGUACAAUUCAAGAUACCUCUUUCGAUAAAUUAGAAAACACAGGAUCAUUAUCUAAGAGAAGUUCUGUAAACAACAGAAAAGUUACUAUCAGCCCAAAUAAAAUGAAGACACCAGGAAGAAAAACCAACUUUGCUUUGGAUAGUCCGGAGAAGAAUUCAAACUUGAGGAAGACUAUAUCCCAGAUUAAGAAAGCGAACAGCCAGAUGAAGAAUAAUGCCUCCAGACUCUCUAAUACUCUUAACGGAAGUUUCAAUUUAUCAACAGAGAGUUUGAUCAGAAGGAAAUAUGGAUACAAGAGUUAUGCCUUAGGAGAUGAGUACCAUAUUGUGAAGAACAACAAGAAUCAAUCUUUGACUUCAGCCAAGGGACUGAAGUUUAAUCAUAGUGUGGAGAAACGUGGAAAUUUCGAGAUCAUUCCUAAUAUUUCCAAGCCAUUUGAGGGACACAAUCAUGUCCAAUCGAUUAAUUUCCAUAGAAGUCCUGACAGAAACUUGGACAAAAAGAUUCAUUUCAAGAGUACAAUGUCUAAAAAGAAAAAGCUGAGGGAGAUUCUGAAAAACAGAACGACCAAGAUCAGCCCUUUCAAAGGAACAUUUGGGUCAAUGAUUCUGUCUCAGACAGAGGUUCCAGAGGUAAUGAAGAAGCAUGUGCCUUCAUUCCAGAUUGGCAAACAGACAUCCAGAAAAGAAUUAUGGUAA